UGGAGGUCCCGGAGGCAGGAAACCUCCUUAGCAAAGCGGGAAUGGAGGUAAAUUGUUUAACACUAAAAGACCUGAUCAACCCCAGGCAACCCAGAAUAGAUUGUGCAGUUGAGGAUGGGGAUAAUGCACAAAAGGAAAAUAUAUUUGUUGAUCGAUCAAGGAUGACCCCGAAGACUCCAAUAAAAAAUGAACCGAUUGAUUUAUCGAAGCAAAAAAUUUUCACUCCAGAAAGAAAUCCCAUCACUCCAGUGAAGCUUGUUGACAGACAGCAGGUGGAACCAUGGACACCCACAGCUAACCUGAAGAUGCUCAUUAGUGCUGCCAGCCCAGACAUCAGAGACAGGGAGAAGAAAAAGGAACUGUUCAGACCCAUCGAGAACAAGGAUGAUGCAUUUACAGAUACUCUUCAGCUUGAUGUUGGGGACAGUGCUGUGGAUGAAUUUGAAAAGCAAAGGCCAAGCAGAAAACAGAAAAGUUUAGGACUCCUGUGCCAGAAGUUUCUAGCUCGCUAUCCAAGUUAUCCCUUGUCAACUGAGAAAACUACCAUCUCCCUAGAUGAAGUUGCUGUCAGCCUUGGCGUUGAAAGGAGACGCAUUUAUGACAUUGUCAAUGUGCUGGAGUCUCUGCACCUGGUCAGCCGGGUGGCCAAGAACCAGUAUGGCUGGCAUGGGCGUCACAGCCUGCCCCAAACCCUGAGGAACCUCCAGAGACUAGGAGAGGAACAGAAAUAUGAAGAACAGAUGGCACACCUUCAACAGAAAGAGCUAGACCUGAUGGAUUAUAAAUUUGAAGAACGUAAAAAGGAUGGCUAUCUAGAAUCCCAAGAUCAACAGCUACUGGAGUUCUCUGAACCUGACUAUCCCUCUUCAUCUGCAAACAGUAGAAAAGACAAGUCUUUGAGAAUUAUGAGCCAGAAAUUUGUCAUGCUCUUCCUUGUCUCCAAAACCAAGAUUGUUACCCUUGAUGUGGCUGCCAAAAUACUGAUAGAAGAAAGCCAAGACACUCCAGACCAGAGUAAAUUUAAAACAAAGGUACGACGCCUCUAUGACAUAGCCAAUGUUCUGACCAGCUUGGCGCUGAUAAAGAAAGUGCAUGUAACGGAAGAACGAGGCCGUAAACCUGCCUUCAAAUGGAUUGGGCCUGUGGACUUCAGUUCCAGUGAUGAAGAACUUGUGGAUGUCUCUGCACCUGUCUUACCAGAACGAAAAAGAGAAACAUAUGGCCAGGGUCAGGUCUGUGGAAAACAAAAGCUGGCUCGACAUGGCUCUUUUAACACAGCUCAGAGUUCUGAGAGGAUCCAGAGGAAAGUGAACUCCGAGCCCAACAGCCCUUAUAAAGAACAAGGAUCAGGUGGCUAUUCCUUAGAAAUUGGAAGUCUGGCAGCAGUCUACAGGCAGAAAAUAGAACACAGUUCACAGGAGAAACCAUUUGCCAGUGAGAAAAUGAUGCCUCCAUCAAGCAGCCCGGACCCUGCUGCUCCCUUUCCUGUCCUCCCUAUUGACUCAGAUUAUCGUGCUAAUCCUUUAGCCAACCAAGUAUUUUCUGUGGCCCAAACAGACUUGCAGGCCUUCUCCACACACGGUGGUCUAAAUGGACAAGUCGGCUCCUUGCUCGCUUCUGCAGCCUCAGAUGUGGAGAGCCUGAGGCCAGCCCUGCUGGCCGGCCAGCCCUUGGUGUAUGUACCGUCCACCUCACUGUUCAUGCUGUAUGGGAACCUGCAAGAGGGGCCGACCCCCAGGUCGGGGGCUGGGUCAGAGAGGGACAGCCAGGGCUCGGAAGUCCUUACAGCAGCAGAGUCGUCAUCCUCACCCUCAGUCCAGAAGCGCCUUGGCGAGGAGAGGAAGUCUCAGGAAGAGGAGGAGCCAGCCACCAAAAGACAAAGUCGGGACUACGAAGAUGGUCCUCUGUCCCUCGUUAUGCCCAAGAAACCCUCAGAUUCCACAGACAUUGCCUCUGCCGAGAUCCUAGGGAGCAGGGGGUCUACACCCCAGGAAGAUAUUCAUAUGAAUGGCCACCUUUCUGCAGCAAAGGAGUUUUUAGGAACGGCUACAAUGAAUGGCUUUGUUUCUUCUGAAUGGGGAAAUCCCUCAAGAAACACAGAGAUUGAAAAGCCUUCCAAAGAAAGCGAAAGUGCCAAAGAGCCAUCUUUGCUUCAGUAUCUUUAUGUCCAGCCACCUGCCGGAUUAAAUGGCUUCAAUGUGCUCUUAUCUGGCAGUCAGCCCACCCAUGCCGUGGGGCCAUCUUCAGGUCAGCUGCCGUCCCUUGGCGUUCCCUGCAUGAUCGUACCAUCACCCACAGUGGGCCCUUUUCCUGUUCUCUAUUCUCCCACUGUGCCAGGGCCGGUUGCCUCUGCUCCUGGCUCUCUCCCAAGCGCAGGACCUGUGAACUUUGGCUUGCCUGGCCUCACAUCAACAGCUCAUCUUCUCAUCAGCCCGGCAGCCAUGGUUAAUCCAAAAUCAUCCACACUCACUUCUGCAGACCCCCAGCUGCAGGGUCAGUGCGCACUGAACCUGAGUCCGGUGAUCGCAAGAUCACACCACAUCAUCCAGCCCGAAUCCCCCAUCUUCGGGGCACAUCCAACCUCUGUAGUAAAGUUACCACAGUCACCAGCUCCAGUAACUCCCAAGAGCGUCCGACGCUCACAUCGUGAGACAUUUUUCAAGACACCUGGCAGUCUGGGAGACCCUGUCCUAAGGAGAAGAGAAAGGAAUCAGUCACGAAACACCAGCUCAGCACAGAGGAGACUCGAAAUACCCAGCAGCAAUGGGACUGAUUAA